AUGGAUUUGGAUCCUCAUCGUGACACGGAAAGAUGCUUCACGAACACCAAAGAAUUCGUGCUCACUGUUGACGAGGAAACGGUUCGGUCAUCGGAAAACGGGCUCAGUUCAGCUGGAAAGAGAAUUGCAGGUUAAGUUUGAGAACAAGUAUUUCGGAUGGGGCUACACGCCGUUCACUGUAAACCUCAAGAAUCAGACGAAGGAAUCGUUCGUGUGGCAGGCGAAGUGCUCAAGUAAUCUGCUGUUCAAAAUUACGAAGGGUGGCGGAUUCAUCGAACCGAAUCAGAGCGUCCCCAUCGACGUGGGCACGAAUUGAAAAGACGGAGAGAGAAGAAUCGGAGAGGUUUCAGAUCGUGCACAUUCCCGGAAUGUUCAUGCCGAGGAAGGGAGUCGUGCACUUCCUCGAGAUCUCCUACAUUCGGGUGGCAGCGAAAGUUGAGGUGAGCGUCUAACUUCACUCCAUUCUUGAUUCGGAUUCGGUUCUCAGGAUUAUCGGACGCCGUUUGUAGCGGCGAAUCCCGAUGGGCGAAAGAAUUUUAAGAUUGUCUAUCCUUCGGUUAUUCUCGAGCCGGUGUAUCGCCAAGGAAAAGAGCCGAAGGUCAGGAAGAAGAAGGCGAAGGAAGACGUGAACGCGGAGGCGAAGCAGAAACUCAUGCAGAAGCUCGAUAUCGACGAGAAGGACUGA